UCUGGCUUUCCAGGAGAGACAACUUUGAACUACUUGACAAGUCGUCGAAACUAUAUGGUCCCGCUAGUGCGAGCUUUGUAUGUUUCGGAAACCUCGCGGUGUAGUGAAACCGCUACAUACGCGACUGAGUUAAAUGACAUCCCGUCAGGUUACACAUUAGGGCAGGUUGUAGAAGCUUGCACUCGAUUUCAAUUGGAGACCGUACAUAAAGAUCCAAUCCACGUAUCCGCCCAUUUUCUUCGCGCGACAAACAAGAUAGGGAAGAAUUUCACUAAUCUUUCAGCGGACCUCGCCCAGGGGGGGCACAUCAGACUGACAUCCCAUCUUAUCUUUGGCGAUCUUACUCCCGUGCCGGAUGGAAUUUCUCGCAGCUUGGCAGCACCAUCUCCAUAUGCUCGGCGUCUACCCCUGCUCAAUCAUCCUUCUGUGGCCGUCCGAGAUAGAAUGAGGCAUACUGGAGGUGAUACUGAAAUCAUAGGUGGAGGAGGCGCCGAAUGGGGCGCAUGGUGUGAGCUAACCAGAACAGAAGAUGAAAUCAAGCCUUCGUCUAUCCCAUUUUUUGGGGACAUGUUCCUCAAUCUCCCUUCUCUCUUACCUGACUCAGAGCCAGCUAGUCACGGAACAUUGGAUUGGGCCCGUAUUCCCUCAUCUCAGGAUUACGCUUCUCGGACAGUCGGAUUAUACAGCGAAUCACUUUGGACUGCCCCCUCUGCAAUGGGCCAGGGUAAAUUAGAAGCUGGUUGGAGGGACAAACAGUACUGUAUUGCAGUUGUUGACCAAAUGGCUCUCACUCUACCUAUGGACCUCAACCACCGUCAAGGCAGCAGGAACAAAGUGGUAACCAAGCUGUAGACUACUAACCGGUGACAUCGUCUGGUAGUUUCGAAACAUAUUUGAGCUGGACUUGCUGGGGUCUACGUAUACCCGUAUGACCGGAAUGCAGCUAUCGCCGGCCGUGUGCAUAAGUGUGGGGACCACUGGAUUACAAUGUCACUCGGAUCCCAAUACCUAGAUCAGCUGUAUUCAAAACUCCAUAUUUAUCUCUGCGGACAGCCUAAAGCAUAAUACUUCUCACCAAA